AUGCUUUCCAAAUUCCUCCUCCUCCCCAUCCUCGGCGUAGCAGCUAUACCAAACCCCCUAGCAGUCGACCCCUUCAAUUCCACCUCUUUCAUACUCCCUUCACCAACGCCCAGCCCUUGCCAAUCCCGUCUCUGCGCCCCGGAUAACACACCAGCUGUCUUCGAUCCGGUUACUAAGACAUGCGUCUGUAAACCGCCGCCGGAAUGUCCGCUUGUUAAGUGUAAAGAGGGGUACCAUCCGGUGUAUAACCCGAAAACUAAGAAGUGUGAUUGUGUGAAGGAUGAGGUUGAUCCGACGACUUGUCCGGGUGUCAAGUGUAAGGAAGGUUUUCAUCCGGUGUAUAAUCCGAAGACGAAGAAGUGUGAUUGUGUGAAGGAUGAAGUUGAUCCGGCGACUUGUCCGAAUAUCAAGUGUAAAGAAGGAACACACCUGGUCUACAACCCCAAAACCAAGAAAUGCACCUGCGUAAAAGACGAGGUGCCAGACCCGAAAACCUGUCCGAACAUCCGCUGCAAAGACGGCUAUCACGCCGUCUACAACCCGAAAACCAAAUCCUGCACUUGCGAACCGGAUCAGUCAUGUUCAACCACCAAGUGCACAGCAUCCACCCAUCCCGUCUUCGAUCCCGAGAAGAAACGCUGUGUCUGCGUUCCUGGCCCGCCACCACCAGACUGCUCAUUCCUGUUCUGCGGUUCCGGCUCAUCGCCGGUUUAUGAUAAGAAAAGCCAGAGUUGUAUCUGUAAAUUGCUUAAUGAGAUACCAAGGUCUUGUCCGUUGUUGAACUGUAUAAGGGGCACGCAUGUGGUGUAUCACCCCGAGACGCAAAGCUGUACAUGCGAUACCGAGUGUCCGGAUCUCAUCUGCAUCGCCACUUCGAGUCCGGUGUUUAACCAAACCACUAGGGCGUGUAGUUGCGAACCUAUUGUCGUUGAGCCGGCUUUGUGUCCGGAUGGUUGGUGUGGGACGGGUAUGGAGACGUCGGUGGAUAGGAACAACGCGACGUGUAUAUGUCCGCCCCAACCAGCUACGACGACGGAGAUGGCGUUGCCAACCGAUAGUAGUACGCCCAACGCCUGUGCGCUGGUCCUGUGUAUUGCUGAGCAACGCCCGGUGCUGGAUCCGUCGACGGGAGAGUGUGCGUGUAAGUGGAGGCCGGGGUUUGAGCCGGAGGGGGAUGUGGUGCCGUUGGUGAAGAGGGUGGGCAAGCCGCCGUGUGCGGUAGUUUGUGAGAAUGGCAUUGUACCUGGUACUUGUGCUUGUAGGAAGGAAGAGGUUGUGAGGACGAGGACUACCAAGACGAAAACGGCGACGAGGACGAAGACGAAGUCAACUACCAAGGCUAAAGAGACGGAGAAGCCCAAAACAUCGAAAAAGACGGAAACAACGAAGAAGUCCAAGCCGACGGAAACGCCGAAACCGAUGUGUAAGAUGUUUUGCGAGUUCGGUUUCGUGGACAAUGGAGAGUGCAAGUGUAAGGAGGGGCCCAAGCCGGUUUGUACGUUAGCAUGUGAAUUCGGGUUUGUAGACGGCGGAGAUUGUAAGUGUAGGGAUAAACCUGAUGUUGAAGGGGAAAAAGAUGAUGAGGGAGAAGCCUGA